AAACAUAAUUGUUUCGCUUGGUGAAUCGCACGCCUUCUGUAAAAAAAAUAAGUAGUGCUCCCCAAUCGAACAAUCCCAUCAUACUAUCGAUCGCAAACAUUGUUCUUAGCGUUAAACAAAUAUUUGAAAGAUACUUUUUUUUAUCUGUAAACCACACGAUUGAGAAGCAACUUUCAUCACUGAUCUUGCAGAAGCAGGCAGAUAGAUUCAUUCAAUCAGUCUGCAACAUCAAACUUGGGGGUUCUCAACAUCGAACUACUACAACAAUCUAGCACCACAACAUAUCAACGAUCGAGCAACCACAUCGUCACGAUCAUCAUCAUCAUUAGAGGCUCUUUUGUGCCGCCCUGAUUGCCUCAAGAUUGUUGGUUGGAGCAUUUAGUCAUGUCUGACAUCUAGAGACCUUUGGAGAUUGCUCCUCAAAUAUUUACUCUCAGAUACAUUAUUGUGAAGAAAAAGAUACUUGCUUCUUAGGUCGCAGCGCGAGUGCGGGCUAUAAUAUUUUGUGUGCGUGAGGAUCGAAGUGGGGAAAAAGAAAAAAUACAUAAAACAAAAAAGAGUAAAGUGAAAAUUAAGUGCAUCAGUGAAGUUGAAAAGGAAUUUGAUUUUUGGUGCGCAUAAGGGCCCGUUCUAGAUACACGAGGUGUGUACGGUUUAGAUACUUUUAGCUCGAGGCUUUUUGGAUACCAAAACAACAAAAACACUCAAAAUGAAAUCCAAGUAUGAGAAUCUGAAAAUCAUCUAUAACCGCAAUAAAUUUGGUUGGUAUUGGGCGCCAGUUUUUGUGAGCUUCUGGUUUGUGUUAUUCUACGUGACCGUUAUACCAUGCUUCGAAUAUGCGCCAGAACCUUUACUGAUAAAGGAUGAGGCCAGUAAUCCGGAAAGAUUUAUUGGCGAACGGGCUGAAAAUAACCUGUUGAAUUUAACCAAAAUGGGACCGAGAGUUGUGGGCAGUGCAGCCAAUGAACAGGGUGCUGUGCAAUUUUUCUUAAAUGAAGUGGAUAAGAUACGAGAAUCAGCGAGGAAUGAUAUCUUUGAAAUUGAAUCAGAUGUACAGAUUGGAUCGGGGAAUUAUAUACUUUGGGAAAUGGUCAAUAUGUAUCAGAGUAUACAAAAUGUAAUUGUUAAAGUUUCGAGGCUGGAUUCGAAUAAAACGUCGUGUUUGCUAUUGAAUAGUCAUUAUGAUUCGGUUCCAGAGAGUUCUGGAGCUGGUGAUGCAGGUGCUAUGAUUGUGAUUCUGUUGGAAGUCCUGCGAGUGAUAACCAAGAAUGACACUCCACUAGAUCAUUGCUUGUUGUUCCUUUUCAAUGGCGCCGAGGAGAAUCCUCUUCAAGGAUCUCACAACUUUAUUACAAAUCAUAAAUGGGCAAAGGAUGCUAGAGCAGUGAUCAACUUGGAUUCAGCUGGCAGUGGUGGUCGAGAGUUACUUUUUCAAUCUGGACCGGAUCAUCCUUGGAUCUUGAAUUAUUAUGGAAAACAUGUAGUUCAUCCAUUUGGAACGACAAUUGCUGAAGAACUUUUCCAACACAACUUCAUUCCGUCCGAUACUGAUUUUAGAAUUUUCCGUGAUUUUGGAAAAAUUCCUGGUCUUGAUAUGGCACAUGUUGUAAAUGGCUACGUAUACCACACCAAAUUUGACAAGUUCAAUUUAGUCCCAAGAUUCACCUAUCAACUUACUGGCGAUAAUGUCUUAGAACUUACCAAAGCUCUUGGUAAUGCACCUGAACUUGAUGAUCCGUCGAAACAUGCAGUUGGUCACACUGUAUUCUUCGAUUUCUUAAAUUGGAUAUUAAUUUACUACUCCGAAAGUACUGGAAUGAUUUUAAAUAUUUGUGCAUGUGUUGCAGCAUUGAUUAGUAUCUUUCUUUAUGUCUGGCUUUUGCCCAAACACAUGGGACUUAGACGAUCACGAACUUUUAUACAUUUUGCAAUAAUUUUUGGAAUUCAACUGCUAUCAGUUAUUUUGGCAACUGGUUUAACGAUUGGUUUGGGAAUCCUUCUUGAUUCUGUAGGAUUCCCAUUAUCGUGGUAUACUAAAAAUUGGAUGCUUUUUGGAUUGUAUUUCUGUCCAAUGUUCUUCUUUUUGGGAAUUCUACCAGCAAUCUAUUUGCAGAAGACAAAAGAGUAUGGAAUUCCAUUGGGAAUAGCAGUCCAAUUGUUCAUGCAUGCACAUUGUUUGAUUUUGGUCCUUGUCACUAUUCCAAUGAUCUGUUUUGAAAUUCGAUCAGCUUUCUUGUUGAUGAUAUGCAUACUUUUCUACACAAUUUCGGUAGUCAUCAAUCUCGCAACAUGUCUUCAUAGGAAAACAUUCUUGUGGUUAAUUGCUCAUUUAUUGUGCCAGAUCAUUCCAUUCCUUUUCUACACUUCAAAUUGCUAUUCAUUCUUUAAAGCUUUCAUACCAAUGCAAGGACGUGAUGGAGCCGAUACCGAUCCAGAAUUGCUGAUGAGUGGUUUUAUAGCAAUAAUGAGUUUGUUAAUCGCAGGUUUUUUGGUUCCAAUUUUAUUCGUUUUCCGGAAGACAAAAACUAUUCUUUCACUUUUUGCCUUGGUUUGUGUUGUAUUCAUCAUUCUUGCUUGCACACCAGUAGGUUUUCCCUAUGAAGCCAAAACAUCACCACAAAGAUACUAUGCUGUGAAUACUUUAAGAAGGUUUUAUAAUUCUGAUAUGACAAUGAGAAGAGAAGACUCUGGAUUUUAUAUUGUACCUGUCGAUCGAAAACCUGACUCUCUUGAUGAAUUUUUCUUAAACUCGAAUCUCACUAAAGCUUCUGAUGAAGAUUGUGCAACAGAGGUGGUUUGUGGUUUUCCAAUCUAUAACUCUAGAUGGUUAGGAUGGAAAAAUCAAAGUUUCUGGAUACCUGGGCCAAGUCCUCAACCUAUUGGCAUACCAUCGAUGCGUAUCAUCUCAAAGGAAGCCGUUUCAGCGACCAAUAUUAAAUUCCAAAUUGAAGUAUCUGGCCCCGAUCACAUGGGACUAUUCUUCCAGCCAUUAGACGAUGCCAAACUGGUUGACUGGUCAUUUAAUAAAGAACCAAUAGACAAACAAUUCACUCCGCCAUAUUUUGUAUAUUUCUCACAUGGACUUGAUCCAACACCUCUAAGGUUUAUCGUGGAAUUUGAGAGAUACAGUCCUGAUUGGUCAGGUCCAACAUUUGACUUUGCCUUAAUUGGACAUUUGGUGCAUCAUGAAAUUCACUACACAGACGAAUUUAGAGAAUUUAUAAAAAGUUUCCCCGAAUGGGCAUAUCCAACAGCAUGGACAAGUUCUUAUCAAAGUUGGAGGCUGUAAAUACACAUAUACAUAUAAAAAUGUACACUACUUAGUUUCUUAUUAUUUGCCAUUAUUCGAGCAAACUUUAAAUGUAAAUUAUUUAUAUGCUUACAUUGAUAUAGUUUAAUAUAUAUUUUGUAAUAUUAGUUUUUUUUUUUUUAUUUUAUUAUUUGUCUUAGAUGUUAAAAUUUUUUAAUUAAUUUUAUUAUUUCUCAUAAGAUUAAGAUAAAUAAAAAUAUUUUAAAAUGCUUCUUUUUUGUAAA